AUGGGUGGCAACUGCAGCACCGGCGCCGGCGCCGGAACCAACACCUCCACCACCACCCACAAAUUCCCCACAAUCCUCCCUCAAAACGCCACGCCCUCACCACCUCAACCUCCCUUAUCCUCCUCCCUCGGCCGCAUCCUCGGCCGCCCCAUGGAAGACGUCCGCUCCAUCUUCACCUUCGGCCGUGAACUCGGCCGUGGCCAAUUCGGCGUUACUUAUUUGGUAACCCACAGAGUCACCAAGGAACAAUUCGCCUGCAAAUCAAUCGCCACACGCAAACUCAUCAACCGUGACGAUAUCGAUGAUGUUCGCCGUGAGGUUCAGAUCAUGCAUCAUCUUACCGGCCACCGUAACGUUGUUGAGCUCAAAGGUGCUUAUGAGGAUCGCCACUCUGUUAACCUUGUGAUGGAGGUUUGUGCCGGCGGAGAGCUUUUUGAUCGGAUAAUUAUCAAGGGACAUUACUCCGAACGCGCCGCGGCGAAUAUUUGUAGACAGAUUGUUACGGUGGUUCAUAAUUGUCAUAGUAUGGGAGUCAUGCAUAGAGACUUGAAGCCUGAGAAUUUCUUGUUCCUUGGUAAGGAUGAGAACUCGCCUCUUAAGGCCACUGAUUUUGGUCUCUCGGUGUUUUUCAAACCAGGAGAUGUGUUCAAAGAUCUUGUUGGGAGUGCCUACUACGUCGCCCCUGAAGUGCUGCGUAGAAGUUAUGGGCCUGAAGCUGAUAUUUGGAGUGCCGGAAUCAUAUUAUACAUUCUGCUUUCUGGUGUUCCCCCCUUCUGGGCAGAAAAUGAACAGGGUAUCUUUGAUGCUAUUCUUCGUGGACAUAUUGAUUUUGCGUCGGAUCCUUGGCCUUCUAUAUCAAGUAGUGCCAAAGAUCUGGUCAAGAAGAUGCUACGAGAUGACGCCAAAGAACGACUUACAGCAGUUGAAGUACUCAAUCAUCCUUGGAUGAGAGUAGAUGGAGAUGCUUCUGACAAGCCUCUUGAUAUCGCCGUUUUAAGCCGAAUGAAACAAUUCCGGGCAAUGAACAAGCUAAAGAAAGUAGCUCUGAAGGUUAUCGCCGAGAAUCUUUCUGAAGAAGAAAUUAUUGGGUUGAAGGAAAUGUUCAAAUCCAUGGAUACAGACAACAGUGGAACAAUCACUUUUGAAGAGUUGAAAGCUGGCCUCCCUAAACUCGGUAGUAAAAUGUCCGAGUCUGAAGUAAGGCAGUUGAUGGAAGCGGCCGAUGUGGAUGGCAAUGGAACCAUCGAUUAUAUUGAAUUUAUAACCGCAACAAUGCAUAUGAAUAGAAUGGAAAGACAGGAUCACUUAUAUAAAGCCUUUGAAUAUUUUGACCAAGAUAAGAGCGGGUACAUCACAAAGGAAGAACUAGAAUCUGCUCUUAAGAAGUAUAAUAUGGGUGAUGAGAAUACAAUAAAGGAGAUCAUUGCCGAGGUCGAUACAGAUAAUGAUGCGAGAAUUAACUAUGAUGAGUUUGUAGCCAUGAUGAGGAAAGGCAACCCAGAUAUAAUAACCCAAAGACGUCGCAAAUGA